AUGGCCAGUGAAGGACUUCCAAAGGGUCAGGACCUCUCCGAUCCCGAGAUACAAGGGAUUCUGGAAGGAGAGGCGCGGUUUCGCCGACUUGGCUGGAAGCGCCUAACUAUCAUUUCGAUUGUAGAGGCAAUUGCUCUUGGAAGUCUAGGUUUGCCUUCUGCAUUUGCCUCUCUCGGAAUGGUUGCUGGCGUGAUCAUGACCGUUGGCCUCGGCCUUGUGGCAGUUUAUGCAGGUUAUAGUAUUGGCGAGACCAAGCUUCGAUAUCCACAGAUCGGUCACUAUGCAGAUGUUGGUCAACUCCUACUGGGGAAUUUUGGGUCGAAGCUCUUUCUAGGCAGCUUUGUUGCUCUCCUCAUCUUUGUCAUUGGUUCCCACUGCUUGACAGGUGCCAUUGCAUUUCAAACUAUAACUCAAAACAGCUCGUGCUCGAUCAUUUUUAGUGUUGUAUCGGCCGUGAUACUUCUGAUCCUUGCCGUUCCUCCGUCGUUUGCGGAGGUUGCCAUUCUAGGUUAUAUCGAUUUCGCUUCUAUCAUCAUUGCUAUUGGCGUGACCAUGAUUGCGACCGGUAUCCAAAGCUCCAAUAAUUCUGGCACUUUCAACCCUGACCAUGCUCCAUGGUCUGCCUGGCCAAAGCCUGGCCUCACCUUUUCGGCGGCCAUCGUGGCUGCCAACAACAUCGUGUUCGCGUUUUCCUUUGCUGGGUGUCUACCGUCGUUUAUGGAAGAUAUGCACACCCCUAAAGAUUACGUCAAAACACUCUGGUGGCUUGGAGGAAUUCAGAUUGUCAUUUAUACUCUGACGGGGUCAAUCAUCUAUGCCUUUGUGGGGCAGGAAGUACAAUCACCUGCUUUGCUAUCAGCAGGCCCUGUCAUCUCGAGGGUCGUCUUUGGCAUCGCACUUCCAGUCAUCUUUAUUUCGGGGUCAAUCAAUACAACAGUUGUCUGCCGAUAUAUACACGGAAAGAUAUAUCAAGACUCUAUUGUCCGCUACGUUAACACAAAAAAGGGCUGGAUCACAUGGCUCGGCCUCGUUUUUGUUGUCACAAUCCUGGCUUGGGUCAUUGCUGAGGCCAUUCCAAUUUUCUCCGAAUUGCUCUCUAUUAUCUCUGCCUUGUUUGUGUCUGGUUUAUCGUUCUAUAUCCCACCAAUCAUGUGGUUUGUCCUCUUGAAAGAGGGCGCGUGGUACGAAAAGCACAAUAUGAAGCCUGCAAUCUUGAACGGCGUGGUAUUCCUCGUUGGCAUCAUCAUUUUUGGAUGUGGAACCUAUGCCAGUAUUGCUGAACUGUCCGGGUCUAUAAGCAAGCCCUUCACCUGCGCCUGA